AGCUCAUAACAAAAACAACAGCGGCCGCCUCCUCCUCCCUCAGCGACCACCUCCGCUCCGGCCAUCCUCCUCCAGCCGCUCCGGCCUCCUCCUCCAGCCGCUCCGGCCGUCCUCCUCCACCCGAAAACCGUCAUCCUCCGGUAAAGUCUCUUUUGAGGAAGUGAAGUGUCCAUCUAAAACAUGAGUUACAUGAUUAAGAAUGACGAAGACAGGCUCAGCAGCUUACCCGAAGAGGUUGUUUCACACAUACUCUCUUUAAUGCCUACAAAAUUUGCGGUGAGAACUAGCAUCUUAUCCUGGAGAUGGAGGUAUAGUUGGAUGUCUGUUACAAAUCUUGACUUUGAUGAUAGACACCCCUACCACGACUUAAACUGUUUUACGAAAUUUGUUGAUCGGGUGUUGGAGCUUCAAAAAUCACCCCAAGUUAAAGUAUUCCGGAUGUGUUUUUCUGAAAUGUGGGUUAAGAAGUCAAACGUGUCGAAGUGGAUUGAUGUAGCAGUCCGGUUAAAUGUUUCUGAGCUUGAUGUACAAUCUAUUGUGCUUGAAGUACCUGUUAGCCUGUUCACUUGCAGGACACUCACAAAAUUAAAACUGGCUCACAAUACCCGUGAUUGGGAUGUUUGGGAGUGUUCGUCUCCAGUCAAUCUUCCUUGUCUGAAAACUCUAGACAUCUAUGUUAUUGCCAAUCCUUUUGUAAAUGCAUUUAAACUCCUCCCUGGAUGCCCGGUGCUUGAGAAUUUAUAUUUGUGUGUAACAUGCAAGGGUGAAAAAGAAGAAUACAUAUUCAAUAUCCCUACUUUAAAACGACUGGAACUCACAUGGCACAAACACCGACCGGUUAACGACAAAGUUGUUUUACAGGUCCCUAAUCUUGAAUACCUAUCUGUUACCCAUAUGUUCGGCAGGCCUGUUGUCAAGAAAGAGUUGUCGUCAUUGAUUGAUCAGCCGUUGAGGCAUCAUAUGUGGGUUAAGUGUCUAAAGGAAGUGGGGUUAAAUAACUUUCAGUUCAAAGAGUAAGUUUUUUUUUUUCUUUUUGACUUCAUCGUGUUUCUAUGUUCCCGUUUUAAAAUAAUUGUUUGCAAGUUAGUGUUUACUACUUUACUCUUGGAGUAAACGUGAUCA